AUGCCAAAUUCAUUAAAGUACUUAGCUAUUUAUCGUCAUGAAACUGAAAAAUUGAUUGCUUCAUAUUUAAUUGAAGCUGGAAGUGAGGAACCAUUAAAAAGUGAGUCUUCAAAAGUUUGUUUUGAGUUAAAGAGAAAUUAACUUAGAAUAGAUGAAAGAUAAAAAAUUGAUUCUACAAAUGGUAGUUGGUUUUGUAAAAUUGAUGAUAAAGGUCUUUUCUAUUUAGUUUUGGGAAGUAUGUGUAUUAAUAAUUAUUUUAGUUUCUACUUAUCCUGAAAGACAUGCUUAUACUUUGAUUCAGGAAAUUUAAAAUGAAUUCAACAGAUUGGGUAAUGAUUUAUUAAAAGAUGAUGCCAGUCUUAAAUUACAUAUUAAGAAACCUCUCAAAGAUUUGGGAUUGAAGUAUAACGAUUUGGUUUCUUUGGACAAAAUCUAUUAAGCAUAAUAAAAUGUUUCCAUAUGAUUUUAUUCUAUAAUUAGGUAGAUUAAACUAAAAUCGUGAUGGAAGACAAUAUUAAACAAAUGAUUAAUAAUGGACAGUAAUUAGAUGUACUUUCAAUUAAGGCAGAAGAUCUAAAUAAGAAUGCUAAGUCUUUCGCUAAGAAUUCUGCUGAAUUAGUAAGAUUUUUCAAAUAAAAAUUAGGCUUCUAUUAUGUAUUGGAGAAAUAUGAAAUUAAAGAUAAUAAUUGGAUUAAUAAUAUUAGCAGGACUUUUAUAUAUUAUUGUACCAAUAAUAAUAAAAGUAAGUGCAUCAAAUUGA